GCGUGUCAACGUGUUCCGGCAGGGCUAGCACCAAGUAGGUCUGUCCGGACCUCGUACCAGAGCGCACCUACCGGACGUCCCGCUCGAAACGCGCUUUUCGACGCUGCCGUAUGCUCGCCGCAACAUGCGUAUCAGUGCGUAGCUUAUUGCUGUCGAGAGCCACGAUGAUUCCGCCCUGUGGCGUCCUGCGGUUAGUGAUCCUCGUUCCUCCUCGCCCGAGAAGCGGGCUGUCAUCGCAAGACCCGAUGAAUGGCCCUGCGCCUAUCUCGCUGGAUGCUUGCCAGCACGCUACAAGCUCGAGGGUUGUAACCAGGACGCUAGCUUCGCCACCUGAAUCGAGUUUAUUCCGCGACGACGCCGUGCGCACGGGAUCGCCUUCUGAGAAGUCCAGCGGCAGCCGCGCAUCCCCAAAGGUCAGUGCAGCCCCCCUUCCCAGGACGUCGCGCGCUUCUUCGCUGACGAGCGAUCUGGUUGCAUCCUCAGGGCCGGCGGCACUCGUGACAGGAGGGGGGAAUGCAUCGGCGAAUUCGAAGCGCCCAAUGGCUGCCACAGGAGCCUCUGAGCAGCUUUCUGGAGGCUCGCUUACGGGCCUCUACGCGAAAUCAAAAAUGCCCGCUUAUCCACUCCUCAGCCAAUGAGAGGCACGGAUUCCUGUCCGUUUUGGUUCAGGCGCGCGUCGAGACGUGCUUUUGUAUUUGCAAUUACAUGGCUUUGCAGAUGUGCACGGGCGACGAUAGGUUCUGACAUUUGACACAGACAAAUUGGACGGCGAGCAAGAAGCUGUUGCCAGGUCAAAACGGCUGCUUAGAUCCGUCGCUAACGUAACUCAGGCGCAGGGGGGAGCCUGUAGCCUGG